GGUUAGUCCGUCGACGCACUAGGUUCGCAGAGCUUCCGCUUCCGGUUGGGACCGUGGGAAAUGGCGGCUAAUAUAGUGGCCUCGGUAUUGCCGGGCGCUUUUGGACGGCUGCUGUCUGUGUGUAGCCGCAACCUGAGACCCACAGGACCCGGAUCUGCCUCCCUCUGGUCUGCUUGUCAUCGGUUCAAUUCACAGAGUGCUUCAUAUCCACAAAGAUACGUUCCUAAGACCUCCCUGAGUUCACCACCCUGGCCAGAAGUGGUUCUACCGGACCCUGUUGAAGAGACCAGACACCAUGCAGAGGUUGUGAGGAAGGUGAAUGAGCUGAUCGCCACAGGCCAGUAUGGCCGGCUCUUUGCUGUCGUGCACUUUGCCAGCCACCAAUGGAAAGUGACUGCUGAGGACUUGAUUCUAAUUGAAAAUGAGUUGGACAUCAAAUGUGGAGAGAGGAUUCGGCUGGAGAAGGUCCUGCUGGUCGGGGCAGACAACUUCACACUCCUUGGCAAGCCACUCCUCAGAAAGGAUCUCGUACGAGUUGAAGCCACUGUCAUUGAAAAGACAGAGUCAUGGCCCAAAAUCAACAUGAAAUUUAAGAAAAGGAAAAACUUCAGGAGGAAAAAAAUCAUUGUGAACCCACAGACCAUCCUCCGGAUUAAUACCAUUGAGAUCGCUCCUCAAUUGCUGUGACCACAGAGCGGAUAGCUAAGAAGCAUAAAAAUAAGCUCAGGUCUGCGCUCAGGAGGCUGAGGCAGAAGAUCACAAGUUCCAGGCCAGGUUGGGCUACCCAGCAAGAGCCUGUCUGCUAAUGAAAGCAAAUAAAGUAUUUUGUAGGAGAUCGA